CUUCUAGAACAUGAAACAUGGCUCAUCUCACUGCUUGCAGAUGUGCAGGUGCUCGAUUGUUGCGGUGAUGCCCAACUUGAGCAGCAGUGUGCAGAAUUAUCUGCAUGCCUUCACCGUGAACUGGGCUUGCUGGAGGAGUUUCAAGCGCAAGAGUGGUAUAGACAGCAAUCACGUAUCAACGAUGGAGGACAUAUGGAUAUGAAGAACUGGAUGGCCCGGCUCCUUUCCUGUCCAGGAAUUGAAAAAAUGAUGGAUAGUGUAAAUGAGCGCACUCGUGCCAGAUCAGGCCCCACCCAGUCUAGACAGCAGGACAUCUGGGAUGCUCCGAUCAUCGAGACGUUCCGAGACCCAGAAGGACUUCGACCAUUUACACAUGGUCCUCCUGGUGAAGGAAGAUACAUUUUUAGCUUGUCCAUCGAUGGUUUUAAUCCUUUCCACAUGAAGGUUGCACAGCAACAAGUUUCUGUGACAGGAAUCUACAUGAUAUGCUUAAAUCUACCUCCUCAUUUGAGAUAUCUACCGGAGAAUGCCUACCUGGUCGGGAUCAUUCCA